GGCCAAGUCUUCAGAGAGGCACGUGUGGCCGAGGUGUGCGCUGGGCGCUGUGUCUCUGUCUGUGAUAAAUUGGAAAAAAACACAUAAGGUACAUCUGAGUGAGGAGGCCUUCAGUAAGCGCGAGUUAGGAACUAACAGACAUAUCAGGAGUGUGCGUGUGUGCGCGUUUGUGCUUGCCCGAUCACUGGCAUAAGUGACCCUCACGCUGAGGGCCACUUGAAGUGCCUUUGUGAGCGGCACUGGGGCAAGUAAAGUGCGUGCGUCGAGUGCAGGAGGCAAGAGGACGAGUGGUGGGAGCCAUGAGGACCGGAUUCUUCUAGCAUUGAUCACCACCAUCAUCUUCGACAACAAUGGCAUCUUCUAGCAUAAGGGACGCGUGGGUGUACCGCUGGCAGCUUCCCCUGGUGGUGCUGCUGCUGCUGUACCUGGGCUGGUGCAGCUGUACCACUGACCCCCACCACAGCUACCCGGAGGAGCACGACAGCUCGUUCAUUAGGCCUACUAGCAAGCCUGUAGACGUUCACCGCAUGGUGGUGGAGCGACUACAGAAGCAAGGCAACGCCCGGGGUGGCCGCUGGAGCAAAUGGUCUGGUUGGUCACCCUGCUCACGGUCUUGUGGUGGGGGCGUCUCACUCCAGUCUAGGGAGUGCCUCAUGGACCCCAGGCGACGUGUUCGGAGCAGACGACGGACAGCUGCUGGCGACCCGGGCGGCAGCCGCUGUGUGGGACUCUACAAGCGCUUCCAGCUCUGCAACACCCAGGAGUGCGGGCCGGGGUACUCUGACUUCCGGAGGGAGCAGUGCGCUUCCUUCAACAAGACGCCCUUCAACCGUCGCUUCUACACCUGGGAGCCCUACUACGACACACCAGACUCUUGCGCUCUCAACUGCCGCGCUGUGGGCCUCAGUUUCUACGCAACUCUCAACCAAACAGUGAUUGACGGAACGCCGUGCGGUGUCCUCGACUCCAAGCGUCUGUGUGUGGCCGGCAGGUGCCUGGGUGUAGGAUGCGACGGCGUACUGGGCUCGGGGCUGCGGCUGGACGCAUGCGGCCACUGCGGCGGGGAUAACAGCAGUUGUCGGGUGAUCGCCGGUGUCUUCUCGAGAGCCAAGAUGCCAUACGGCUACAACGUGAUCGCCACUCUGCCACGAGGAGCUGCCAACAUCACCAUCCAGCACGUCAAGGCGUCCACUAACUACCUCGCUCUGCGUCAUCAGGGCGGAGAGUUCUUCAUCAAUGGCAACUGGGCUGUGAAUGGGUCUGGCAACUACCAGUCUGAUGGCACCACCUUCACCUACCAGCGACCAGAACACUUCCAGGGGGACAAGGUGACGGCGGUGGGUCCCCUCCAGCAGCCUGUUGAUGUUAUGCUGUUCUACCAGUCGACCAACCCAGGCAUCAAGUACGAGUACCGGCUGCCCAUGUCACCCACGUCGUCGGCGCCACGGGUGACGGGAAGCGUGGUGGUGCCGGGGUCUCCACAACGACGCCGUCGACCAGAUAACCCACUCAACCCCUUGGUGCCAGGAGGACCAGCCUCCAGGACCCCGCCCUCUGGUCCAGUGAAUGACGCUCGCUCCAUCAACGGCAACUCCGUCCUCUCCUCCCAGAGAUGGAAGGAAGAGGAGGAGGAGAAGAAGAAGAAGCUGGGAGGAAAGAAAGAGCGUAGGAAGGGCAUCAGAGAUAAGAAGGGAAGGAGGCCGAGGUAUGAAUGGAAGGUGGCGGGCUUCAGCAGCUGCUCGGAGACCUGUGGCGGAGGGACGCAGACGACGCGGGCGGCGUGUGUCAAGAGGAAGAGAGGUAACGAGGUCCCAUCCAACCACUGUCGCGACCUGCCCCGUCCCGCAGAGGAGACUGUCCGCUGCAACCUUCGACCCUGUCCCGCCACGUGGGAAGCGGAGGCGUGGGGGCCGUGCAGUGUGACGUGCGGGCUGGGCGUGCAGACCCGGCAGCUGACGUGCAAGAUGAAAGUCUCCCAAGACCACUUCGUGGCGCAGCCAGAGGGCGCCUGCCUCGCCCCUCAGGACAUACCCAAGGCACAGGUGUGCGAGUUGGCGGUGUGCAACUCUGCGCCGGCGUGGCGGACGGGGGAGUGGGGUCAGUGCUCAGCGCAGUGCGGUCUGGGGACCAGGCAUCGCUCCGUCACCUGCGUCACGGCCGCUGGGGGCGUCGCCGAUCAUCUCUGUGACCCCAGGGAGAAACCCAGCAACCAGGAGCUGUGUGACAUGGGCUCCUGCGCUACGGACACCUGGUUCUUCUCCGCGUGGGAAGACCUCUGCUCUGAAGAGUGUGGCGACGGAGUCCAGCGACGCCGCGUUCAUUGCUCCGGCGACGCCCUUGACAACCAGGUCACCGAGACGUCGUGCGACCAGGAGCAGCGGCCCGCCACUACCAGGACCUGCACCUCCGACCGGGGCUGUAGCGGCAAGUGGUUUACAGGUCCAUGGGGGGAGUGCAGCUCGCAGUGCGGUCCGGGGCGCCGCACGCGGUCUGUGGUGUGCGUGGUGUUCCGCGGACGCUGGCGGGUGACGACGGACACAUCGCAGUGCAAGGGCGACCCGAGGCCGGACUCGACAGAGGCCUGCAGCAGGCCGUGCAGCCACGAGUGGUACACCUCUGAGUGGUCUCAGUGUUCCGCGUCGUGCGGCAGCGGCGUCCAGCGGCGGGAGGUGAAGUGUCUUGACGACCGUCAAAUACCAGCCCUCGACUGUACGUCAGCCGCCAAGCCCGACACCCGCCAGCCCUGCAACACCCAGUCCUGUCACCACGAACAAGCGGACGAGAGCGUGAGCAACACCUCCACAAGAACCGAACUGCCGCCGCGGCCAGCCGACCCCCCACCCCCGGGCGACGCCCCCGGCGACGCCCCCGACCACAAACCUGCAGGUAAUGUGGUCCUUGAGGCCGGCUGGCGCCCGCCCCCUCAGUCACUAGAGACUUCUAGUACAGGCUUCCCGUCUUCCGAUGACAGUCCAGACUAUGACGAAGACACACAUAGGGAUUCCGAUUGGGACUUGUCCUCUGGGAGGGACCUGGCGGAGGAGUACGGGGACGUGCCUCCCAGCAGGGCUCCGCCUACCCCAAGCAGCAGGCGGCGGCGACCCGUCUCUCCUGGGCGGCCAUGGCGACCCGGGCUGUCCACAGAUUCUUGCAUCGACAGAAUGAAGAACUGUCACUUGGUAUACAAGGCUCGCCUUUGUCGCCUUAAGUACUACAACAAACUGUGUUGUGAAACUUGCACCAAGAACCAGUGAGUUCUUAGUUAUUACCUCAAGAGUGAGUGAUUGGUACUGUGCACGUCAAUCAUCAAUCAUCCUACGCUGGAAGAACCUACCAGAGACACUGGUGACGAGAUUAGUAUGAUUCGACACAGUGCAAUGGUCCAGGAGGUGGGAUUAUAUGAUUUUGAGUAGUGUGCCGUGAGUAAGCCCUGACUUGCUUUCAAAGUGAACAUUAUCUAAGAAGCAAAAAAAUAAACACGCGUCUUCAUAAUACAAAAAUUCUCACGUUGCAUUAUGGGGACAUUGGUGUCUGCUCAGCACUGCCCCACGUUUCCAUCUUAAACUCAGAAAAUGACAAAGUUUUCCUCGUCUCUGUCUGGUGAGGAAUAUGAUGUCAUGAUUGAUGCUAGUGACAGUUAAAUUCUACUCUCAUAUUAUCGUCCGAGCCUGCUUAAACCUUCACGAUAUAAAAUAUAGACUUAGGUUUACAAUGCUCUUGGCAACACGGAUGAGAGUAUGAUUAUGAAUAGUCAAGAAUUAAGUCUUUUUUGUAUAUACGUUUUGCUUAAUAUAAGUGAAUAUUUCAGCCCUUAUCCUAACAACCAAUAUAGAUUUUCUGCAAAUGUAAAUACUUAAACUUAGAGCAGAGUAACAUUGUUCAGCUAGAGUCAGUAGUCAUAGAAAACAGAGGCACUGUGGGUGGCACUGUAGGCGGCACUGUAGGCUAAGGUGAUAACAACCCAGUUUUUGCUACGAGCUUCUAUCUUCACUCAAGCACUGCCAGUUAGGUUAAUUUAUGUUCACUCUGAAAUUCGAUGUAUAUCACAGGUAUUAUGUAUUAUAACAUUCAUCCUCCCUUCCUUCCCCCUCCCCGUCAUCUUUAUUGUAUAAAUAUAACUAAUAUGUUUAUAUAAAGAUUUUCGUUGUUGUGUAUCUAAGGUUUUAUUUCAACUUGAGUAGAGUGCCAUGGGCAGCACGUUGAUAAUGAUAUUCAUGUUUUGGUCUUGCGUUCCUUUUCAGUAUCAGGUAGCAUACCUUGUUGAAUUACAACAUUGAAUUUUGUUCCCUUGAGUCGAGUAUAUGCGAAGGUCAUAGUUAUGAACACGAGCAUCUGUAUUUUAUGUUCAAAUACUUUAGGAUUUGACACACACACACACACACAACUAGGUGAGUACACACACACACACACACACACACACACACACACACACACACACACACACACACACACACACACACACACACA